AUGUCUGCCCCAAACCCAAAGGCUUUCCCAUUAGCCGAUGCUGCAUUAACCCAACAAAUCUUGGAUGUCGUUCAACAGGCUGCUAACUUGAGACAAUUGAAGAAAGGUGCCAACGAAGCUACCAAAACUUUGAACCGUGGUAUCUCCGAAUUCAUCAUUAUGGCUGCUGACUGUGAACCUAUUGAAAUCCUAUUGCAUUUACCAUUACUAUGUGAAGACAAGAAUGUUCCAUAUGUCUUUGUUCCAUCUAGAGUUGCUUUAGGUAGAGCUUGUGGUGUUUCUAGACCAGUUAUUGCUGCUUCUAUUACCACCAACGAUGCUUCUGCUAUCAAGACCCAAAUCUACGCUGUCAAGGACAAGAUUGAAACUUUAUUAAUUUAA